UGUUAUCUGGCAAAUUUGGUUGACACGCAGUCAGAAAACGACGAACGACCAGCGGACGCGUAUUCUUCGCUCGGUUCGAAAGUGCUGUGCGUUUCAGAAGUGCAAACAAAUUAUUCCCUUUCUCUGUGGCUGUGAUUUUCCGCGUUGGAACGACUGAAACUAUAACACGAAGACGGCAAAUUGUGGCCAUUCGAAUCUUCGAACUGGGAAGGUUAGUUCCAUUCGAGUCCUUGUUGUUUACUGCCUCCGUUCCGGAUAGAGGUUUCAGUUUGCAAGACAGCCGAGAAUGGCCGACGUCGUGGAGGAAAUCGUCCAGCAGGUGCAGGAGAAUCUCACCGAAAGCGCCAACGAGGCAGCUAUCAAUGGCACUGCCAAGGUGCCCUCAACUCCCGAGGGGAUGGCCUUGGCGUACGGAACGUUGGUCGUGAUGGCGAUGCUGCCUAUUUUCUUCGGUUCGAUCCGAUCUGUUAAGCACCAUAAGGAACAGACGACCACAUUUCUAAAGACUGGAGAAAAGCCCGACACAAUGACCUCGAAGGACGCGAUGAUGUUCCCGAUUAUGGCUUCCUGUGCACUCUUCGGAUUGUACAUGUUCUUCAAGAUCUUCUCCAAAGAUAAUAUCAACUUCCUACUGACUGGUUAUUUCUUCUUCCUUGGCGUGAUGGCUUUGGCCCAUUUGCUCAGCCCGGUGAUCGGUUCUCUGAUUCCGGCAUCGAUUCCGAAGAUUCCUUACCACUUGUCUUUCAGUCAAGGGCCUACAGAGGGGGUCAAGGACGAUAAGAAGUCUUAUCUAAUCGACUACAAGUUCACGACCCAUGACAUUGUGUGCUUCAUCAUCUCAUUGAUCAUCGGAGUGUGGUAUCUGCUGAAGAAACAUUGGGUGGCCAACAAUUUGCUUGGAUUGGCAUUCGCCGUCAAUGGAGUGGAGCUGCUGCAUUUGAACAACAUCGUGACCGGAUGCAUCCUGCUGAGUGGACUUUUCGUAUACGAUAUCUUUUGGGUCUUCGGAACAAAUGUGAUGGUCACGGUGGCAAAAUCGUUCGAAGCUCCCAUCAAGUUGGUGUUCCCACAGGAUUUGAUUUCAAACGGACUGGCUGCAUCGAACUUUGCCGUGCUGGGACUGGGCGACAUUGUCAUUCCGGGCAUCUUUAUCGCCCUGCUGCUGCGAUUCGAUAACAGUCUUAAGCGAAAGAGCAAUCUGUACUUCUACGCCACAUUUACGGCGUACUUUUUCGGACUGUUGGCCACGAUUUUCGUGAUGCAUGUAUUCAAGCACGCUCAACCGGCGCUGCUCUACUUGGUUCCUGCAUGUCUUGGCACUCCACUGCUGUUGGCUUUGUUGAAGGGCGACAUCAAGAAGCUGUUUGCGUACGAGGACCAUCCGGAGGAAAAACCUAAGGAAACCAAAAAAUCUGAAAAGUCCUCCGGCGAGGAAACUACCAAGACGAAAAAGGAAACCAAGAAGAAGGAAUCAAAAAAAGUAAAAUAAGUUGUGAGCACGUGCGUGUUUUAAUGUGUGGCGCAACAAAAUAUCGCUGUCUAUCCAGUUCAAAGAGUACCUAACACGCAUAAAAAAAAUUAGAGGGAGAUAUUUAAACAGGAGCAUCUCUCUGUUUUAACGUACUUUGUAUAAUGGCUUUGUUUUCGAUAGCCUUAAAACGAUCAGAGUCACGAUCGAUUAGAAGAUCUACAUGAAUUUAAUGAAUUCACGCUUGGACAUGAAUCACUCUUAUCAUAGAAUACGCAUCGAGAAGAUUUGCUAAUACAGCAGCUAACCUAUGCAACAUUACCGAAGUCUUCUCGAUAUGUAUUGAAUACAUUACCAUCAUUUGAUUAACAUUUCUAGCCAAAAGAAUCGCUUAAACGCAUCCAUUCCGUUAAUAUCGAAUAGUGUGUUAGUCUCAGUAUUCCAUUCGAAAAAAAAAUCACUCAUCAGGCCACGAUGCAUUUUGAUUAUGGAUGUUACUCUUUUCAGACCAAGAAUCAAACGGCUCAAGCUCAAGGUCUGAUAACAAAGCGAUGACGAAAAAACAAAACGAGAGAAUCGCCCCCACUUAAACUUAACUGGAUCACUGAAGGGGAAGAAUCACUGAAUUAAAAAUACAACGCGUUCAAUCAGCACAACCGCAGUGGUUUGUUUAUGAAACUUGUUAUCUCUUUAUUUCGCCGAAAGAAAAUAGUUCGAAAUGACUUAUUAAUGAUAGAGGAAGCGUACUAUAGCUAAGAAUGCUUGUUUUGCUUAUGAUUUUUUUUUCGUUUUAAGUUUUACCGACUGAAAUUGUAUUAGCAACAAUGGAUGUAGAAUCAAUUUUUACAAAGUGCAAAAAAAAAGGAAAAUUUAAUAAGUUUCUUCAAAGUAGACCGUAUAUCGGAAUAGAAUUGUGCAAGCAGUUUUUGCUUGGGAGGGACAAUGUGCUGCAAAAAAUUUAGGAUAUUUAUAAAUUUUAGUUUGACACCAUAUGAAAAAUGUAAUUUGAAGCCAGAAAAAAAUACCGCGGCUAAGUAAAAAAACAAACGCAGACGAACAUUCAAUAAAAAUCUAUACCUUGAUAUGAUAAUCUGUAA